AUGGUUGCCUCGUCGCUCUUUCUUGGCCUCCUGGCCGCAAUUCCUUCUCUGGCUGCUGAUCCUCAGCUGGGACUCAACAGCUAUGUAGAAGUUGAGAACCGCACUCUGGACGAGAUCUACCAGGCUGCUCUCAAGGAAGGAGGUGUUGUGACGCUCGCCGCUGGUGGUGAUGAGAAAACCCAGCAAAACUUUCUGAAGCAGGCUUUCGAAGCGCGCUUCCCAGGCAUGACCCUUAAUGUGACCGUCGACGUCUCCAAGUACCACGACGGCAACAUUGACCGCCAGAUCGCCACCAACAACGUGUAUGUCGACAGCGUCAUCCUCCAAACGUUGCACGACUACCCGCGCUGGAAGUCGCAGGGCGUCCUCCUCCCCUACAAGCCUGCCGGCUGGGACCAGAUAUACGAUGAUUUCAAGGACACGGAUGGCGCGUACACCGGCCUCUACAUCAUCAACUGGUUGAACGUGUGGAACACCAACUACGUCAAGGACGGCCCGAAGGAGUUCACAGACUUCCUCAAGCCCGAGUUCAAGGACAAGCUGGUCCUCACCUACCCCAACGACGAUGAUGCCGUUCUCUACGCCUUCGACCUUAUCCUGAGCCAGUACGGCUACGGAUGGUUCGAAGAACUGCUCAAGCAGAACCCGCGUUGGGUGCGCGGCACCGCCACCCCCGGCACUCUAGUCGGCAACUCCAACGGCACGUACACCGCAACCUUCACCGGCAGCCGCGGCUACCCGGGCAGCGCGCCGUACAACGUGUCGUACCCGACCGAGGGCACGUUCGUCAGCUGGCCGCAGACGGGCGCGAUCCUGCGCGACGCGCCGCACCCGGAGUCGGCCAAGCUGCUGCACUCGUUCCUCGCGAGCAAGGAGCACCAGGCGUCGCGCGGCGGCUGGAGCGUGCGCCGCGACGUCGACAACCCCAACGGCUUCCCGGCCAUCACCGACAUGCCCGGCACCGACCCGACCAAGUUCUCCCAGUGGAUGGCCGACCGCGCCGCCGUCGAGCGCCUGCGGUUCUUCUUCGAGGACAGGAUCGGCACGCCGCAGGGCAUCAGUCCCCUGGAAGAUGACCUUUAA